GGUCGACUGUUUGACGGCCUCCUAAAUUCGUUAUCCACCCAAAAGGGACCAUGAAAUUUUAAGGUAUCUGCUAAGUAAAGUGCCCUCCGCCCCUCUACUAUUUUGAGCGGAUGGCGUGAAUCUGGUAUUUUAAGCUACACAUUUCAAGCAGAUGCCUUGUAUAUAAAAACACAUCCAAAAAUCAUCUAUAUUAGAAUAUCGUCAAGUAACUAUUAUACGUUUCUAAGCAACUUUGUAUUGAGUUACUCCUAACAAAAGAUCUACGUUAGAUAUAAGGAAUUGCCCCAUGGAGUCUGUUUCAAUUCUCAUGAACAUCUGCCCUGAUAUUCCUGGAGUAAUUCAUCGCGAAGUGCGUUCGGGUCACAAAAUUUCUCAGUAGAAAUUUUAAAUUCACUCGCAAACUUUACUAAAGAUAGGAAGAUCAGAUGGUACUCCUGGUUCAAGCAUGAGACUGUUGUGCUUGAUUUUGACCACUCUUCCAUGGAGUAUUAAAAGUGAGUGCCAGCCAUGGUGUCUUGUGUCAGGCUGGAAGUGUGACGAUGUCUCUGCGAAAUGCCUGUGCGACUUCGACGAUCGGAACGUGGAAUGGUGUUUGGAUGGACAGAGCCAGUCUCCCUUCUACUCUCUUCAUCAAGCCAGCAAGCUGCACCUAGACUUUGAUGAUCUGCAUUACCUAGAGAUAACAUCAAAAAAUAAGUUAAAACAUGUGGAUAUCUCUGUAUACGGUAUUAGCCGGCGUGCAGUCGCUAUCGUUGGCCUCGACGGAUACCUAACCCUCGCAGAACUCAGCGAUUGUAUUUUCGAAGAAGAAAACGAUCUCGGAUUGUCUUUGUGGCUGCGCUAUGGGGAUAGCUACGAUCAGAUUCUUUUUACUAUUGGUGGAAAUACCAGAAACACCUCCCGUAUGCUCAUGUACCUGAACAGCUCAAACCCAGAGUCGCUCUUCGUUGAUUUCCAAGCCGGCAAUAAGUCAACCAGCUAUACCUUUACCGUCCCAUGGAACAUUUGGACCUACGUUGCGCUCUCGUGGAACGCUUCCGAACAGUCAUUGACUGUAAUGAUAAACGGUGAACUUAUCGAUACUCUCUCGUACGUCGUAUGCUUUGGGUGCGCGUCAGAAGUUGACAAUAAGCAAAUCGUCUUGGGAAAGUCCCCGGAUGUAAAUAGUCAGUUCACCAAUGUCUUCUUUGAUGAAUUGGCCGUGUACUGCAAGCCCCUGGGGCUGGAGGAAGUGAAAUCGAAUUAUACAUUUUACAAAGGCCUUCCAGGACUGCAAGCCAAUUAUACCCUCUUGUUCCCAUCGCUGAUUUGGAAAACCGCCGAACAAUCCUUGGAAUACAUCGGACUGUCGGAUCUCCAGGAAACCCUUUACUCUGAGAUCUCUGACUUCUAUAGUUCGAGGGACAGGAAGGAAGUCUUCAAGGACACAUGGAUCUACCAGUGCAAAAACAUGAUGGGGCGUGUAAGCUGUGAUAUCGGAGUGACGCUGAUGAGUACCGAUUUCAAUUCCAUAUAUAUUCUGAAUAGUGCAAUAAAAUGGAACUGGCUGAACUUUAGUGCUGAAAUUUCUACGUUUGCAAAUAACGAUGUCCCUAGUAAGCUGGUGAAAUUAGAAGGCGUCGCCCUGGGCAACUCAUCCAUUCUGAUUCAAUGGACCAACUUGCCAGAGGCUCUGCUAAAUGGAAUUCUUCAGGGUUUCAAGAUAUCCUACACGCAUGAGCUCAGAUACAGUGUAACUACAGAGAUGGUGUAUCGUUAUAUCAAUAACUUCACUCUUAGUAACCUUGAAUGGUACACCACCCACUACAUCAAAUUUUUCGUCCUCACCCUAGAAGGACAAGGGGUUGUAAACUAUCUGAAUGUCAAGACUGGUAUGAUAGGUAAAGACGUUUUCUGAUAUUGCUGGGCUUGGGUACCAGUGUACUACCCACAUGGGUUGAUAACUGGUCGGGUUAGAUUGGGUGGGUUGAUAAAGGGUCGGGUAUGAUUGGAUGGGUUGAUAACAGGUCUGGUUAGUUGGGUUAGUAGAUUACUGGUCGGGUUAGAUUGGGUGGGUUGAUUAAGGGACGGGUUAGAUUGGGAUAUUAGAUUACUGG